UUACCUUACCUUUGCCUCUCCAUCAUCCGCCUACCAUCGGAUCUGAUAAAAACGUUGAGCGGGAAGACACCGAGCAAACCCUCCUCUUGGAAGCCCAUCCAUCCAAGAGGCCAAGCCCCCGAAUCCAACUGCCGGCCGGUCAACGGCGCAAGGCUUGCUUCUGUGUUGCCUGCUUUGAUCAUUGAUGGCUGGGGGUUUCUUUUGAUCCAGGCAAGCAACUCAACCACUCAAUCCAUCCUUGGUCCCUCCACCCCACCCACCACCUCAUGGGCUCUCCCCAUGGCAUGCUACAGUGGUGGGCAGAUCAGCACUAAACCACGCUGGGGGGCAAAAAGGCUUGUCUUGUCUCGGGCCCCAGAAACCCAGGUCAGAUUCGCCGGGAAAGCCUCCCCGAGUGCCGCCAUUCCACCAUUCCAUCAUGCAGACGGGUGUGAUGCCAGUUCCAGGACCUGA